AUGCGCUCCGGACCGGCGGGACCAAACUCUAUUGAGCCUCCAACCAAGACCGCCGCCGCCCCCAACCUGCUGCUGUUGCCGCUGCUCUUCUUCCCCUCCGCCUCGUUCGGCCGGAUCGAACGUCGUCGUUCCACCAUGGCGACCGGCACCACCGACUAUCAAGCUGCCCCUGAGAGGUUCCCCUGGGAGACACCUAAGCCCGUCGGCGACUUCUGGACGCCCCUCGACGCCGUCCGCCAGCAUCUCGGCCGCCAGUUCCUCCUCGUAUUCACUCCCGCCGAGACCGCGGCCCUACCGCUCGAUCCCAGACUGCCCACGCGCGCCAAACUCGAGCUUCUCUACAAGAUCGCCCAGGACCGGGUGGCUCGCGAUGCGCUCGGCCCCCCAGGGAUGCUGACACCGGAGCAGUAUGCCCAAUGGCGCCACCAGCAGUACCUGCUCGAGUCGCUGGAGGAAGAGCUCGAGCUGUACGACACGGCCGAGGCGCGAGAGCACACGCUGAUGGCCGCGUACGAGGCUAGGACUGACAAUGUGCGGAAAGCGCCCACAGAUCUCGGCGCCCUGAGCGGGCUAGCGUGGUUGAAAAUAAAGCAAGGUCAAUAUACGCUCGCCGAGAUGUACGCAAGACGGUUCCUCCCUAUGGCGCAGAACUUUGUCUCGCUGGGACCAGACUCGCCGCAGGCAAUUGGCGGGAUGAGGAUUCUCAUCGAAGCGCUAGGGAGACAGGGGAAGUUUGCGGAGGCGAGGCAGUUUAAUGAAGAGGGAUACAGGGUAAUCCAAAAUAUGACGGUGGGCAAAUUCAGAAAAUACGCGGCGGAGGAGCUCGAGGCGAUGAACGAGCUAAGAGCAAAUCUAAAUAAAUGGGAGGCAGAGAUUCAAUGGCGAUGA